AUGAAGCAAGUUCUGACUCAUGAAAUGCCAGAAUACAUGUUGAGAGUCCUGAAGGUGCUGCUGGACAGGUUUCUGACAAAGAGGCCUGGCCUCUACGCAAGAGAAGCCCAUCAGAUGUUUAAAAAGCAACCGAGAGAAGCUGUGUCUUGCGCCAGGGAGGCUGCCUGGGAGAGGGUCUGGAACGCCUCGUGGCAUCUAACCUGGCAACCCUAUUUGGUGGGUAGACAUUUUAGAGGGAGAACUUACCCAUUGGAGACCGGAGGGUGGAACCUGAGGAAUAAAAAGUCUAUAUGGAGAGUUCGCUGCAUUCUUCCCCUGGUCUAUGGGAACUGCCGGGAUCCCGUCAAAAGAUACUACUACGACUCCACCUACAAGAAGUGCUGGCCCUUUACCUACCAAGGCUGCGGUGGGAAUUCCAACAACUUCUGGAACUUAGAGCACUGCGAGCGUCACUGUGGGCCGAAUGCUCCCUGCAGGCAACGACGACUACGGGGACCCUGCCAUGAACGUCAUUACAGAUACUACUAUGACUGGGACCACCACAAAUGCUUGCCCUUUACGUAUGGAGGCUGUGGGGGGAAUGCAAACAACUUCGAAAAUUACAGCAAGUGCAAGUUUAAAUGCGGGAGCACAGGGAGGGACGACUGAGGAAACCAGUGAGGAAGCGAGACAGUGAGGACCGUCUUCAGUGCAUCUUUGGCCCCUCUGCCCCCCCUCCAGGCCCCUCUUUCUGCAGUGGGGCAGCCCAAAAGGGAAAUAAAGUGAAGUCUGGGCAUACUCCACUGUGGGUGGCUUGGG